UGGGAAACAGACAGUGACGAAAGGUAUCCAUCCAUCCUAAAAUCUCCAUUCCACGUCGCAGGUGUGACAGAUUUCCAUCACUGCUAAAGUGAAGGGAGUGAACGUGAUCAAGAGCAUGUUUGAAACCAGGAUGUGCAUGUACUGGAACGCUGUUCCCGUUCUCGGGGUGAUCCAGAUCCUGGUGGGGCUGUUGAACAUCGGACUCGGUCCGGGACGAACCAGCAUGCAUCCUGGAGAUUUGGCCAACCUGGGAGCUGCUUACUGGCUUGGAGCUGUGGACAUCAUAACUGGAAUCGUCUCGAUUAUCGCCAACUGUUGUUACUUUGUUUUCUUGCUCAUCUUUGCUGUGACUGUGAACAUAAUCAGCUCCAUCUACGCCAUCAUUGGCAUUGUGCUGUAUGCUUUGGACCUCAGGGAUGCUUCAUUCAUCCAGAUGUGCCCCCAGAGCCAACCCAGCGAUCAGUCUGACAGUGAAUGCCGGUUUAUGGCAUACGUGGCUCAGAGCCUGGUGGUGGACAUGGACAUCACUUUGAUCUUCCUGACCGUUCUCCAGCUGAGUGUCUCCAUUGCUCUCACAGCGUUGGGCAUCAUGGCCCUGUGCGGCAGAUGGAAGCGAAAAGGGCUCAGGGAUGCUGAGGUCCACCAGCCAAUCCUGAAGGAAGUCCUGAAAACUGAUUUUUGGAUCCUUCAAGAAAUAUAUGAACACAAUCGAAUCAAACUGCUGCACAAAGAUGUCACCGCUUCAGUCCACUCUGAUCUGACAGGAAAUAUAUCUGAAAAUAGACCGUAG